UGAAGUUCGCCGAACAGCUGGGCGUGAACGACUUCAAAGCUUCUACGGGAUGGCUGGACAGCUUCAAAAAACGCAACAACGUCAAUGGUGCUACCAUGGUGGGUGAGAGUGCCGGCGUUGACUCCACAGUCGUGGAGGACUGGAAGGAGAAACUUCCGCACAUCACAGCUGGAUAUGCCCCGGAGGACAUUUACAAUAUGGACGAAUCCGGCCUAUUCUACCGAACAACGACCAACAAAACGUUAGCCACGAAGGGACAGCAGUGCAGUGGCGGUAAGCAGGCAAAAGACCGUCUCACCCUCGUCCUGUGCGCCAACAUGGCAGGGGGAAAGGAGAAACCUCUGAUCAUUGGCAAAUCUGAAAAUCCCAGGUGCUUUAAAAACAUCGAUCGGCCAUCCCUACCCGUGACCUACACCAACAACGCCAAGGCCUGGAUGACGUCGGACUUGUUCAAAAACUGGCUGAAGAAACUCGACCAGAAGAUGGGCAGACAAGGUCGGAAGAUUUUGCUUCUGUUGGACAAUGCCCCUAGUCACCCAGACGUCGCUCUGAACCACAUUGAACUCAAGUUCUUCCCGCCCAACACUACGUCCCGACUUCAGCCUAUGGACCAGGGCAUAAUCCAGACGGUGAAGCUGAAGUACCGUAAGAGGCAGCUACGACGAAUCCUGCAAGAACUGGAGAAUGACAAGGAGGCAACAGGUACGCAGGCCGCCAAACGUCUGACCGUCCUACAGGCCAUCCAGUUUGUGGGCGCAGCGUGGCGAGAGACAACCCCAGAGACCAUCCAGAAGUGUUUCCGGAAAGCUGGCUUCAAUGAAACUCCAGCAGACACCGAGACUGAGUCAGCCAGCACAGAGCCGUCUGGGGAUGCUGGGAUGGAGCAGCUCGCACAGGACUUGUUUGGGUGCAACUUUGCAGACCUCGCAGAGAUCGACCAGGACCUGGCGACCUGCGAGACCGAAGCCAGGGACUGGGACAAGGACGCAACUGUGCUGCUGCAGGAACUACAGGAGACAGGUGACCAGGAAGAGUCUGAUGAGGAAGAUGAGGUUGAAGCUAGUCCUAGUAAGGUUCCUAACCUGAACUCUUUAGUCAGUCUUAUGAAGGACAUCAAGAUUCUGUGUGCUGAAGAAGGGCUAGGAGAGCUGCUGAAUGUUUUUGACCAGGCAGACGACAUGUUAAGCAAUGUUUGGAAUCAGAGAAGAUUGGCUGGAAAACAAACUACCAUUGAGCAGUUUUUCAAGAGCAAGUGAUGUACUGUACAGUAGACAUGGUAUAAGUUGAUAUAAGUGAUGAAUGUUAUCCAAGUACAUUUUGUACAAUGUACAUUGUAUGUAAACUGUAGUUCACCUGGGAUGUAAAUAAUACAGGAACUGUGAUACUGUGUUGUUUAUCAUGUACAAUUGUGCAGGUAUGAGGAGUAAUAAAAGACUUUUGACGGAAA